AUGCGAACUAAGGCUCCCCACCGCAAGUCUCGAAAUGGCUGCCUUCGCUGCAAGGCUAGAAGGGUCAAGUGUGAUCAGAGAGCUCCGGCUUGCUCCCGUUGCGUAGAUCGUGGUCUACAAUGCCCGGGUUACUCGCUCAACAUUCGUUGGGAUCCAAGAAGCCAACUUCAGACACCGCCAUCCAGUACUGCAGAUAGAACCCGGGCCGGCUCCACGCAGACUAUCGACCCAUUCAGCGACAUUGAUUCCUUUCAGCCAAGUGUGGAGCACCAAGGUAAUGCCCUCCCUGCCAUCGAUCCUUGGAUUCCGGAACCAGCUUCAAUCUCAGACUGGUCCUUAUCCUUGGAAGAGUUGCUCCCAUCGACCCCGUCCCAAAUUGGCUUUGCACCAUUGGUGUCGAUUGCCCCUUCAUAUUUCCCUCCAGUAGCUAUGGAAGAGCCAGUUAUGUUUACCAAUGGGUCGAUGCUAUUCCCUCCCAACUUGGCAAAUCCUCUCCUAGACUUCCCGCGACACCAACAAAUAGGCUUGCUUCCCGAUGACUCGGGAACUAAUCUUUCUGUUGAAACGCCAAAUCAGGCUACGGACGCAUGGGACAAGUGGAGUUUCAACUAUCCUCAGUCAGGCUCGGAUACGCAGCACCCCGACUCCCAGAAGUUUGGAGCUAUCACCGCCAUUUCGCAUUCACCGGAAAUCACUCACCUUCCUACUGUUUUAUCGGAUUACUUCUUCAAGGAAGUCAUUAAGCUUUACUCAGUUUGGGACAACCAGUCUAACCAGCUAAGAAUUCUUGCAGGAUCCUUUUGGCAGUCAUCAGGGGUUCUCUACCAUACCAUGCAGAGCAUGGCAGCUGCAUUAUUGGCAAAGAGUUUCCCAAACCUCCGUGCUAUUGCUAUUGGAGAGCAUCAAAUGGGCCUCGAAUGUCUCCGGAGUGGCAGCGAUACAGACGAAGACAGACUCAUAGGGUCCAUCCUGCUUGGCCACACAGCAAGCUGGAUCAAACCACACGAACUGUCACACGAUCAUUCCCGUCUAUCGUUUUUUGGAGGAGCGGUUGACUACUGGGCGAUGCUUCUGUCCUUCGUAUCUGAACCCAGAAAGAACCAUGAAAUCCUUCGACACUCUGUUGUAGAGGCUGGACCUUCCAGAGCAGACGGGUUGAUAAAUCCACACCCUUUCAUUGGCACGUCGGGGAGCAUUGUGCAGGUUCUAACAGAGCUAGGCACGCUCAUCUUCAGGUAUCGGAAGCGAGUCUCAGAGAUUGACUUCAUUUCCGAGAAAGAUCUUGAAUCAUUUCGCAAAUCAAUACAGGAUGCUCGUCAGCUAGAACGCCGGCUAUUAGCCUUCAGACCAUUGCUACCCAAGAGUGUUCAGGAUCCUGGUGACCAAACAACCUCGCCUGCUCACUUUGUGAAGAUUGACGAAGGACUUCGCUGCACAGGACUGCUGCAACUAUAUCGAGUGUUUCCAGACCUUCUUAAUGAUAGAUAUCAGCCUUGGGACUCAGCUGCACUCCUCCAACCGCGCCCCGCUCUAAAGACUCCGUCUCGAGAGGAGCGGAAUACCUGGCUUACGAUGCUAGCGCUCCAUAUCCUAAACAUCAACCGGGAGAUUCCCUUCGAGUCCCGGACGAGGUGUAUGCAGCCUUUUAUGUUUGUGGCUGCGUCGUGCGAACUUCGCACAAAUCUUAAUGGAGGAAAUGAAGCCAGCGGCAUGAAUAGCAACUGUAUCUCGAUCCAAAUAUCUCAGGCCCGCGACUUUGUGUGUUCUAGAAUGGUUGCAUACCUUCACGUCUUCCCCCUUCAAAAAGUGGAGACAAUUUUCCAGUUGAUCCAAAGCAUUUGGUCGGAAAUUGAUAAUGGAAGGGAGGUGUUCUGGCUGGAUUUGUGCAAAAAGCUUAAGUUAGGCACGCUGAUGGGAUGA